AUGUUUCGGCAUAUUGCCUUCCGAUUGGAAACAUGUUUAUUUUCUGGUUACAUGCAGAAUUUCGGUAAUCAUAUUCAGAAUAGUAAAUUACGAAAUUGCUCCUCUCUUGAUCAUGAUUGUAUAAGGAGAAAAAGUGCAUGCAAUACUAGAUAUAGCAAAAAGCCACGGAAGCAUAUGAAAAAUUUCGCUUUACAUUCAGACUUUUAUGAGAAAGUCAAUCGAUGGAAGGAAUUACUAAAAAAUGAAGUUGCUCAUGGUGUCAAGGAAAUCCGGGAUCUUCUGCUGAAUCCGUCGGUUGACGAAUUGGAAAAACUUGGUCAAAUUUCGGGAGCACUUCGUUUCCAAACACAAUAUUUACAUGCGUUGCACGGACGCGUCAUCGUCUUACACCAAAUAAAAGGGUCAGAGCAGAAGAUCACAAAAAGAAGUUUCCGUUCAGGUACACCUGUGCUGCUAUGUCGAAUUCCAGAGCUUACAAUCAUUAGCAACUGUAUUAUAAUUUCAUGCUCUGGAAAUCAAGUGAGUCUGAAAACAAAAGCAAAAAAGGAAGUGAAUAUUGAUUUUUCUGAUGAAUUUGUUUUAAUACCAUCUGUCGGACUCGGAUAUCUGAUAGCUUUAGAUGAGUUUCUGGAAUUAAGAUGGAGAGAUUUCCCUGGUGAAAAGUUGAUUCAUUAUGUUCAUUGUAGUGUACCAUUACCAACAUCACGACCAGUUAGACUCAAUGAGGACCAAAGACGUGCUGUGUUUGCUGCAUUAAACAAAAGUCGACCGAUUGUAACUAUUCAUGGCCCACCUGGUACUGGGAAAACAGCUGUUAUUGCGGAGAUUGUGUUAGAAGCCGUUAGUAGGAAGCAGAAGGUGCUUAUUUGUGCUCCCUCAAACAUUGCAGUAAACAAUAUAGUUGAUAGACUAAAGGAUUUAGCUGGAAUAUGUGCACUGGGAUUUAAUUCAGAGCUAUCAUUGGCCGCUGAAUUAGAGCAACAUGACAGAUUCGUUGAUAUUCAGUGUGCCUUCAAAAAAUUGGAUUCAGGGGAAAGUAAUGGAAUAUAUGGGAAUAAUUGUGAUGAACAUAAAAAAGUUUGGCACGAUGCCAGUAAGAUGUUGUGGCACUUGAAAGAGACCAUUGUAAGUUCUAAACAAGUGAUUGUAUGUACUCUAACAAACAACUCACUGCGGUUUCUUCGUGAACAUGGUUUUCAACCCACUUUAACAGUAAUAGAUGAAGCUGCACAAGCUUUGGAGUGUGUUGCAUGGUACUCAUUACUUUUAUCUCCAAGAGCUGUAAUUGUUGGUGACCCAUGGCAGUUACCACCGGUUUUGAAAACUUCACGAUUAUUGGGAAUGGACGAUAUCAGUAAUUCAUUAAUGGAUACUUUAUCCAAGAGAUUUGGUGAAGCUAAUUCGUUCAUGUUGACAGAGCAGUAUCGUAUGAAUAGAAAAAUUAUGGAAUGGCCUUCUUCAUUUUUUUAUCAGUCACAGUUACGCCCAAAUGAACAUAUUGCUGACCAACUUUUGAGUGAUAUAAGCAAAGUGCCUAAAGGAAGUUUAUUUGAUGAACCGAUGAUAUUCAUUGACACAAGCCAUGAUAAAUCAGCAGAGAGUAGCGAAAAACUGUAUCGACAUUCGUACGCAAAUGCGCUAGAAGCGAAAUUGAUUAUUAAAUAUGUUACUGCACUGAGCAUGUUUGGUGUACAAGAGAAAGACAUUGGUAUCAUAGCACCGUAUGUUGCACAGGUCGAUAUGUUGAAGAAAUCAUUAAAAACUAGUAGGGUAAAUAGCGUGGAUGCCUUUCAAGGUCAAGAGUGUGAAGUAAUCGUUAUGUCAUUGGUCAGGAAUAAUGGUGAUGGUCGAAUUGGAUUUCUGAAAGAUGAACGACGCUUCAAUGUUGCCGUGACAAGAGCCCGCCGACAGUUCGUUUUGGUGGGUAGUGCAAUAAUGAUGAAGUAUGCUAAGCAUCUGCGGUCGCUUAUCGAAUAUAUGCAACGUCACGGCAGGAUUAUCAAACAAGAGGAAUUUGCGAGGUGUCUGGCAAUCAGUAGGAAGUAUUCAAAAAAAAACCAAAAAUAA